UGGUCGCCAUCUUGUUGUUGAUCCGUACCCAGUGGGCAGCGCCGGGAGCUGGACCGAGCGGCCGCUGCGGGGCCGCUGCUGCGGGGCUCAGCCACCUGCGCUGCCUGCCCAGGGGCGGGCCGAAGCCUGGAGGCCCGGGGGGCCCAGCUCCCGUGGGGGAGCCGUGGGCGCCCGCAGCCGGGGCUGGGCCGGAAAAAAUAGGUUGAAUAGACUCUUGACUACUGGCCUCAGCUGGCAAGGACCUUCCUUCUACCUAGCUCUCCUUUUGUGGCCCAUGUGCUGCAUCCUCUGCCCUCAGUGUGCAACCGGCCCCCAACGCAAUGUGUGUUUGUCAAACCAUGGAGGUGGGGCAGUAUGGCAAGAACGCAAGUCGGGCCGGAGACCGGGGAGUCCUCCUGGAGCCCUUUAUCCAUCAGGUGGGCGGACACAGCAGCAUGAUGCGCUACGACGACCACACUGUGUGCAAACCCCUCAUCUCCCGGGAGCAGCGCUUCUACGAAUCCCUCCCUCCCGAAAUGAAGGAGUUCACCCCUGAAUACAAAGGCGUGGUGUCUGUCUGUUUUGAGGGGGACAGUGAUGGUUACAUCAACUUAGUGGCUUACCCUUAUGUGGAAAGUGAGAUCAUGGAACAGGAUGACACACCAGAGCGGGAGCAACCUCGGCGCAAACAUUCCCGCCGGAGCCUGCACCGGUCAGGCAGUGGCAGUGACCAUAAGGAAGAGAAAGCCAGCCUGUCCCUUGAGACCACUGAAAGCUCCCAGGAGGCAAAGAGUCCAAAGGUUGAGCUCCACAGCCACUCAGAUGUCCCUUUCCAGAUGCUGGAUGGCAACAGCGGUCUGAGUUCUGAGAAGAUUAGCCACAACCCCUGGAGCCUGCGCUGUCACAAGCAGCAACUGAGCCGAAUGCGCUCUGAGUCCAAGGACCGAAAACUCUACAAGUUUCUCCUGCUUGAGAAUGUUGUGCACCACUUUAAGUAUCCCUGUGUGCUGGACCUGAAGAUGGGUACCCGGCAGCAUGGAGAUGACGCAUCAGCCGAGAAGGCAGCACGGCAGAUGAGAAAGUGCGAGCAGAGCACGUCAGCUACCCUGGGUGUCAGGGUCUGUGGCAUGCAGGUGUACCAACUGGACACGGGGCAUUACCUCUGCAGAAACAAAUACUAUGGCCGUGGGCUCUCCAUUGAAGGCUUCCGCAAUGCUCUCUAUCAAUACCUCCACAAUGGCUUGGACCUGCGACGUGACCUUUUUGAGCCUGUCCUGAGCAAACUUCGGGGCCUAAAAGCCGUGCUGGAGCGGCAGGCUUCCUACCGCUUCUACUCCAGUUCCCUGCUUGUCAUUUAUGAUGGCAAGGAGUGCCGUCCUGACUCCUACCUAGACCGCCGGUCCGAGAUGCGUCUCAAGCACCUGGACACAGGGCUUUCUGAGGUGGCCUCAUCCUGUGGCCCCAGCACCAGCCCCAGCACUAGUCCUGAGGCAGGCCCCUCCUCUCCACCAAAGGUGGAUGUCCGCAUGAUCGACUUUGCACACAGCACAUUCAAGGGCUUCCGGGAUGAUCCCACUGUGCAUGAUGGGCCAGACAGAGGCUAUGUGUUUGGCUUGGAGAACCUCAUCAGCAUCAUGGAACAGAUGCGGGACGAGAACCAGUAGGCCCUGUGUGGGCCCCCAGAACCCCUUCCUCUCCACCCGCAGGCAGGGACCAUUACUCUGAACUCGCCGUGAGGACACACAGACUUGCUUUAAAAGGGUUAUAUUUCUCUUUGGUGUAAACUAAAAGAAAUGUAUUUAGCUGUAGCCUGGAAUCCAUAUAUAUAAAGUGGAGGGCAGAACACAUUCCCUCAGCCAGGCUCCUUAGCUUUGUGCUCUGACUGCUGUGUCCGGGCUAACUUCCUUUAGAAAUGGAGAGCUGCCCCCUGGUGGGCUUGGCAGUAGGGACAGGGUACCCUUGGACAUUGGUGUCUCUUGCCUAGGUCUUUGGUUGCAGGGCCUUGCUGGUUGUAGGGUAAAGCCUUGGGCUGACACAUGUUCCCUCCAUAUAUAUUGAAGUUGAGGGGAUUCGGGUGCCCAUUUCUUUGGGGGACUUUUCGAUCUUGUGUCAACCAGCUCUUUUACAGAUUCCUCCAGGGCCAGCUGCACAUGGCUGGGCCCAUCUUUGCUUCUGACCUUGGUGUGAGGCUAGAUUGAUAAAGCUGGGCUAAAGCCAGCUCAUGGUAGAGGGCUAUCCAUGGGGUCCCCAGGCUCUUUGGCACUUGAACCUGCCCCCGCUCCUGCCUGCACAACCCAGCUAGCCUUCCUUACCAAGAUUUCUUGCUUGAGGCAGCCACCCUCUUCUUCCACUGAAGGGGCCCUGCUCUAUUUGCUAAGAGUUAAUGCCCCCGUAGGCAUCAGAGCCUUUGGUGGCUCUGGUCCAGACAGUAUUUGCACUUCUUGUGCUGUGGAUAGGGUUCCUUUUCCUCUAGCUUGGGCAGCUGUGCUGCCCUGAAUGAACAGCUCUUCCCAGGGCUCCCGGGCUUUGGUCUGCUCAGGGUCUCCUCUUCCCCCAGGCCAGGCUCCAUGCAGCAGUCCAGGUGAGGAGCCUCCAAGCUUAUGAGAAAGAACUUGAAGCUUGUUUGCUUGUAGGGAAAUGGUCUGAGUCCUGGGUGCAGUUGCCUAGAUUUUGCUAAUGAGAGUUUUGUCUCAGUUCUGAUGUGUCCAUUUGUCCAUAUGCCAGCUCCUGUCUCUUGGGAUUAUGUCACUGGGUUGUAGCCUUGCUCACUAGUAAAUACUGAUUUUCUUAUGCUUUCCUCAGCAAAAUACUCUUUCCCAUUUCUGAGGUGAGCUUUGUGCCCCUUAGCAGGUGUUGUUGGUUUGAUUUUUUUUUUAUAAACAGCUGGUAGCAAAAUGAAUUGUAGGGGGGGUGUUUUUCCUGCUGACCCAGCACCCUUCUCCCCCUGAUCCCCAACACUGACAGUGGUACAGUAAAGCUCAUGGGGAAACUCCUUUCUCUUGGUUUUAGUAGUUCUUGCUGCCUGUCUUAGUGACUCAGAGACUUGUGUCCUCUAAUACAUGACACCAGGAGCUGAUACCACUUACCUUGCCAUUGCCAAGGUUCGUGCUUUAACCUUUGAGCCUAGGCCCACUGUCUUUGUCACUUUGGGGAUGUCCCUGUUUGGGCAUUAAAGGUAAGCCUACCAGCCUGUAUCUGUGAGAAGCCUGGGAAACCAGUGAACUAUGUUUCAGGCCCUUACAGGUGUAGCCUCAUGUCCCACGUGGACUCCUUUGUGGAUUCCAUCUCUUGUGGCCCUCAGACCCUGGUGCCAGUUGUGGGCAGGUUCCCAUUGCUUGGGGCUAGAGGUGCAGCUUGCCUGUUAUGGUCGGUAACGACCAUCUUCUCUCCUCUGCCAUUCUGUGGCGUUCGCCAUAGGAGCAGUGGCGCUUUAUUAGAAUAUUCAGUCAUUUUCUGUCAGGGCAGAGGCUAAGACAAAGGGCCUGGGACCACUGAGGACCCCAUGGUUGACUCUCCAGCCUGAGGGAUGUGCUUGUGGCUUGAGUUCCUACAGUCUGGAGCAGUUGCUCCGCUCCGUUUUGUUGCUCCUCAUAGUGAGGGGCUGUAUCCAAUUAUAUUAAGUGUUUUCUUGGCACUAUAAAGAGCAGAAGGACCUGAGAUUUUGCUGCUUCUCUACCGGGGAAGGGUCCGCCUUUUUAGUAUUUUAACACUUGGGACACCCAGUCUUGUUACCAGAUGGGUGGUGGACAUGUGCGCACACACAUGGUCACUAUUUGCUGCUGCUCCAGUGCCAGAGGGCCCUCCCUGCCAGGUCCUGCCUUCCCAGCCUCAACUUGGGACCAAAAUGCAAUGUGGGAUCACGGGUUGGGGCGCUCCAGUGACCCCUUAAUAGUGCUUCCCUGGGCCAAGUCAACACCAGCGCCCUGGAAUUGGAGGGAGGGAUGGGUGGUGCUUAAAGAGGAAGGGGACCAGUGUAGCAACUUGUCAGGGACCCCCCACCCCUCCAUCACACUGGGGCCUGUGUAGUGGGCAAGGGUCCCCACCCCCAAGGAGCCCAAGGCGUGGGCUCUCAGUAGCCGUUGUGUACUGACUCACACUUGGCCACCCCCACGUCCUCGAUAUUGCUUUGAACUCUAAAGCUAUUUUGGUUUUGUUGUUUUGUGCCGGUUCAAAAAUGUUUUCAAACAAAAAUAAAACACCGCGAAGGACUCGGUUCCUCUGCUUCUCGGAGGGGAACUGUAAGGCCUCGCCUCUGGGUAUCGCGCUCCACUUCACCCUCCUGGAAGCUGCCGAAACGCGCCCGAGGCCGCGCCGGACAUCACACGGGCUUCCUUCCGCCACUUGGCACAGUGGCCAAUUCUCCGGGUCUUACGUGAGGGGUGAGGGAUGCUCGGGCUUUGACCCGUCCCCUCCCCUUUCUGUACACCUUGCGCUUUCCGCCCCGCUUGUGUCUGAGGUCGUGUAUGUCAAAAUAAAGCCGCUAGAAUCUGA